AUGGCCGAGCCAAACGCCAGUAAAAUGCUCUACCGCAGAGUGGGCAAUUCAGGACUUCAUGUCUCCGUGAUAUCAUUAGGAGGAUGGUUGACCUAUGGUGGACAUGUAGAUGAAGAGGGAACAAUGAAGUGCAUGAAACAGGCCUAUGAUCUAGGCAUCAACUUUUUCGACACGGCAGAGAGGGAUGGUUCGUUAAUUCCCAUUUCCCCCAGCUAUGCCGCCGGCGAAUCUGAGAUUGCUAUGGGUAAGGUCAUUAAAAAACUUAAAUGGAAACGCAACGAUCUGGUCAUCAGCACCAAGGUCAAUUUUGGUACCGCCCAUGGAGAUGUAGAGAUUAACAAUUAUGGCUUGUCUCGAAAACAUAUUAUCGAAGGAACAAUGGCUUCCCUCAAACGUCUGGAGCUAGAUUAUGUCGACAUUAUAUUCGCUCACCGUCCUGAUAGACUUACGCCUAUGGAAGAGGUCGUUCGGGCUUUCAACUACCUUAUUGAAAAGGAGAUGGCAUUCUACUGGGGAACUUCAAUGUGGUCAGCAGACGAGAUUGCCGAAGCGACUGGAGUUGCCAAGGCUCUCGGUUUAAUCGGACCCAUAGUUGAACAGCCACUGUACAACGUGAUCGACAGGCAGAAGGUCGAAGGAGAAUAUCAGAGAGUGUUAGCCCGGUGUCGAAUUGGAUUGACCGUUUUUUCGCCCCUGAAAGGCGGUAUCUUGACCGGGAAAUACAACGAGGCGGCGGCAGAGCCUCCCAAGGGCACCCGAAUUGCGGUCAGCACUGAUAAAUAUACCUCAUCUAUUAGGAAAGACUACGGGAACGAGGCUUGGAAUGCGAACAUCCAAAAAGUGGCCAAGCUCAAGACAAUCGCCGACCGACUUGGGUGCAAAGUAUCAGCAUUUGCCCUGGCCUGGUGCUUGAAGAAUGACAACGUGUGUUCUGUCAUCACGGGCGCGUCGAGACCGGAGCAGGUGGUCGAGAACGUCGAGAGCCUGAAGGUGCUUCCCAAGCUCACCCCUGAAAUAUUGGCCGAAGUCGACGAGCUGUUGGGUAACAAACCUCAACUGGAUCCCGCUAGAGUGGGUUAA